AUGAGAGAUCUUUCAAGCGAACAAAACCCAAAACAAAAAGGCACACUCCCAAGUGAUACAAUUGCGAACCAAAAGGGUAUUGGGGAUAGCCAAACCUUUUAUUGCAUGGCCAUUACAACUCAAAGUGGGAAACUACUUCAAAGUGAGAGUGAACGGGUAGUCGAUGUGGAAGAUAUUGAACAAGACAAUGAGGCACAAGUUGAAAUGCCUAAUGUUGUUGAAGUUGAGAGAAUCCCGACAAAGGUGAAGGCUCAAGAUGUGAUCCAUGAAAAGGUUGAGGAAAAAGUAAUAGAGGCACAAAAAUCUCCAGCACCAAUUCCUAGACCUCCCCCUCCAUUUUCUCAAAUAUUAGCCAAAAGAGUUGAUGAUAGCAAGUUUGAGAAGCUCUAUGAAAUCUUAAAGCAAUUGUCGAUAAACACUCCAUUUGUGGAAGCUUUUCAAGAGAUGCCCGGAUUUUCUAAAUACUUGAAGGAUUUGAUCACUAAACAGAAUACUAUCAAGAAUGAAAGGGUGAGUGUCACCCAGCGGAUUAGCUCUAUCAUGUCAACAACCACCAUCCUAAAGAAAGAGGAUCCGGGGGAUUUCACUACUCCAUGCACUAUUGGAUUGUGUGACUUUGCAAGAGCACUUUGUGACAAUGGGACAAGCAUAAACUUAAUUCCUACUGCUAUAUACAAGCAAGAGGGAUCGGGGAUUCAUAGGCCUACUAGUAUGAAAUUGCAAAUGGCCGACCGUUCGGUGAAGCAAACGAUAGGGAUAGUGGAUGAUGUCCUUGUGAAAGUAGGGAUAUUCCUCCUCCCCAACGACUUCGUUAUUCUUGAUUGUGCCAUUGAUAAAGAAAUUCAUAUCAUAUUGGGAAGACCAUUCCUUGCUACCGAAAGAGCACUUAUGGACUCGGAAAGAAUUGAGAUUAAUUCUGGGUGA